AUGGAAAUGCUUGGUCGUAUCCUGAUUCGCCCUGUCCACGGACUCCAGCAAUUGGUCAUGAUUCAUGCGGAAAAUCAUCCCUCUGCAGUUUCAGUGGCUGUCUUUGAGCUCAGUAUGAGCCUGGCUCAGGACUUGAAGUGGGAGCAAUAUACGUCGGAUCUGAUGUCGGUCUUGAGCUCCUUGUCGCAGAGCCUUGUUCCCAAGGCUGCCAGCCGCCAGAUGGGGCUCCCGGAUACGCUUAGGUAUUGA